GUCGACUCCAGAUUUUGAAGGGGAUGAAAGACUGAGUUCCAAUAGUUACAUGAUUCUUGAAUCAUUUUUAGCUUCCAAAUAUGAAGCACAUAUCUCUGAUAAAAUACCAUGUCAGAUCAAACAAAGUGAAGAACAAAGCAUACAAAGACAUAGAUGGAAGGGAGAAUGA